GGCGGUGGCUGGCUGGGGAGAGCAUUCACUUCAGGAUCUCCUCUGCCCCUAACUUGCACACAGGAGCUAGCAGUGGUGUGUGAAGUGUGCACACAUCCAUUUUGACUCUGACACACACACACCUGCACACUCCAUUUCAGCCACCUCUCGCACUGAGGUGCAGGGUGUCAUCUACGCACGCCACCUGUCAGCUUUAGAAAGAGUCUCCACCAAAAGCUUGUCCACCCAUAACCCGGCGGAAAAUACCCAGGGGUGGGAACUGAAAAGGGGCAUGCACCACCAGGCUAAGGAAGAGGGGGACCCUCCAAAAUUGCAAGGGGAGGAGGAGGGGGACUCGAACCCCACAGGCUCUUCGGGAACCCAGUCUGCCCCCUCUCCCGAGACCACUAUGGAGGGGGAAACUCAGCUGGAGGAAGAGGGGACCCCUGUUCUGACCCCCUACCCCAACAGUAGGCAGGGGGGGUCCUGUCGCCCGGGGUGUCUACUAGUGGCCCUGAUCUUGAUGCUCAUCUUUCUCCUCGGCAGCUGGGCGGUGGUCCACCUCACCCUGGGAUCCCGCGGAACCACGCCCUUCAGGAUUCAGGCCAGUUAUGACCGGCCGAUCGAGCAGGACGCCACCAUCGACCCAGGUUUCACCACUACCAUCGAACCGGGCUUCACCACCAACUGCACAGUGGAUCCCUACCCAAUCCACAACAUCACCCUCCAGGGCCAGUACCACUGUAACCAGGGCCCAGGGGUCCCUCUUGGACAGCUGUGUGACUUCAAGAUGGACUGCCCGCUCGGCGACGAUGAAGGGAACAUGUGCCGUCAGUUUCUCAAUGGCAGCUAUUGCUCCUUCGAGGACGGUGAGUGCGGAUGGCAGCCAAUUGCAGCCAAGGGAUCCUCCUGGAGGCGUGUUCGCACCAUUCCAAAGAAGGUGCGGCCUAGCUGUCCAUCAUCCUCAGGUGCCAUGUUCAGUGUGGAUGGAGGACAGUCCAAGGGUCAGCAGGGGUCCGCAUUGCUCAGGAGCCCUCUCUUCCCUCCUCCCCUACGGAACUCUCCAUGUGAGGUACGGUUCUGGAUGUGUUCCGGAGGUGGCCAGAGGUGGGCGCUAUCUUUGUGGCUGGUGGAGAACAGCACAGGACCUAAGGAGCAGCGCAGACUGUGGCACUCUGCCAGCGAGCCCAAGACCGAGAGAGGCUGGAGACUCAUUAUGCUUCCUCUCUACGGACUUGUUGACUGGUUCUGGCUCCAGUUCAGCGCUGACAAUGGACCAGGUCCAGGAUCAGCCAUUUGUCUGGAUAACAUCUCCUUCAGUAUGGACUGCUUCCUGGCAUCCAAUGGCGACUUUCCUCCUACAGUAACUGGCAACACUAAACUGCCAAUGAAACCAACCAAUCAGAACAUCAAAACAACCACCCCGUCCAAUGGAAACUCAAGAACCUUGUCAGAACAUCCAACUCUGACUGCCUACACCAAAUGGACCUUUCACACUUGUGGGGCAGUGGGUUCAGAGGGGCCCACCCCAACCCAGUGUAGCAGCUCAUAUCGGAACAGCAACAUCAACGUUACCGUGGCAACCAUAAGCCCAUUCAAAGGCAUCCAAAUCUGGAGAGUGCCGGAGACUGGCAGCUACAGGAUCACAGCUUGUGGGGCAGCUGGAGGUCGCAGUGUAUUGACCAUGGCCAAGUCACAUGGUGUCCAACUCACAGCAGACUUCCUGCUUCAGGAGGGCGAGUUCCUUCACAUCCUGGUGGGCCAAAAAGGAGAGGACGCCUGCCCCAAUACCAACGAGAUCCUAAACAAGAUCUGUGUGGAGCAGAUGCCAUUGGAAAACAAGACGCGGGUCCAAGGGGGCGGGGGCGGAGGAGGCGGAGCCACCUAUGUGUUCAAGGUAAGGAGAGAAGGCCGCGUCCCGAUAGUGCAGAGGGGUGUCCACAUCCCCCUGAUCAUCGCAGGUGGGGGUGGGGGACGUGGGUACAGCAGCCAAUCCGACAGCCAGGAUGAGUUGAUGGACGACCCCAAUGUACCAGGGCGCAACGGGAAGUCUGGAGCAGCAGGUGGAGGCGGAGGUUGGCAUGACAGUAACCCUGGGUCUCAGGGCGGGAGACCCCUCAUACUCGGAGGCCAGGGGGGGCAGCCCUGCAUUAAGUUCAGCUGGGAGACCCGAGGGGGUUUCGGGGGAGGGGGAGGUGCCUGUACAACCGGUGGUGGAGGAGGGGGCUAUAGAGGUGGCAGCACCUCUGAAGCUAAUGACCCAAAGCAGGAUGGAGAUGACGGCUCCUCUUUCAUCAGCCCAGAGGGAGAGACCUUCCUGGACCCUCUGAAAGGUAUGGAAAGUGAUGGAGAGGUGAUCAUCGGCCCCGUGCUAAACUGUAGCCACUGUGAGACGGGCGAAUGUCACAAGAACGAGGAGGGGACCUUGUGUUACUGUGAAGUGGACUUUGUACUGGCCCUCGACGGUGUGUCUUGUAUCAACUCAUCAACAGAGGUGUCUCCCCUGCCUCCCCAGCCCUCCCUGUCCCAGUUGGCCCUGGUUCUGUCUGUGGGGACUUCAGCCCUCAUUGCUGCCCUGCUGUUGGCUGUGUCUGGAGUCAUGAUCAUGUACAGACGUAAGCAUACAGAGCUACAGUCCAUUCAGCUGGAGCUCCAGAGCCCGGACUGUAAACUGAGCAAGCUGAGGGCUUCAACCAUCAUGACUGACUACAACCCCAACUACUGCUUCGCUGGGAAGUCCGCCUCUGUCAACGACCUGAAGGAGGUGCCCCGACGCAACAUCUCCCUCACAAGGGGUCUGGGACAUGGUGCCUUUGGUGAAGUGUAUGAAGGGAUGGCAGCAGGGAUACCUGGAGAGCCCAGUCCCAUGCAAGUAGCAGUCAAGACACUCCCUGAGGUGUGCUCUGAGCAGGAUGAGCUUGACUUUCUCAUGGAGGCUCUCAUUAUCAGUAAAUUCAGCCACCAGAACAUAGUGCGGUGUAUAGGGGUGAGUCUACAGGCCCUACCACGCUUCAUCCUAUUGGAAUUGAUGGCUGGAGGAGACCUCAAGAGUUUCCUGAGAGAGACGCGACCCAGACUGGAGCACCCUUCUAGUCUAUCCAUGGAGGACCUGCUCAACGUGGCCAGAGACAUAGCACAGGGAUGCCAAUACCUGGAGGAGAACCAGUUUAUACACCGGGACAUUGCAGCCCGGAACUGCCUGCUGACCACCAAAGGACCAGGGAGAGUGGCCAAGAUCGGGGACUUUGGAAUGGCCAGAGACAUUUAUAGGGCCAGCUACUACAGAAAGGGUGGGCGCGCCAUGCUGCCUGUGAAGUGGAUGCCUCCGGAAGCCUUCAUGGAGGGGAUCUUCACAUCCAAAACGGACACAUGGUCCUUUGGGGUGCUGCUAUGGGAGAUCUUCUCUUUGGGCUAUAUGCCCUAUCCCAGUCGCAGUAACCAGGAAGUGUUGGAGUUUGUCACCAGUGGGGGAAGGAUGGACCCUCCCAAAAACUGCCCAGGGCCUGUGUACCGGAUAAUGACACAGAGUUGGCAGCAUCAACCGGAAGACAGGCCCAACUUCUCUACCAUCUUGGAAAGGAUUGACUACUGCUUACAGGACCCCGAUGUGGUGACUGUUCCCUUGCCUGUGGAAUAUGGCCCCCUCCCUGAAGAGGAGGAGCGGGUCCCCAUGCGCCCUGAGGACCCCACGGCCUCCCCCCUGCUGGUGUCCACUCUGACGCCUGACGGUGUGGGCCCUGCACUGCCACCGUCAGCCCCCAAGCCCACCGAGGAGAACCAAAGAGUUGAACAACCCCUCCUCCUUACCAACCAGCUCCCUGAAACCUGCAAGCCCCAGGCGAUGGCUCAACAACCCCAGCCCCACCCCCAGACAUUCACCAUGACCACAGCCACCUCCAAGGCACCUCCCCCCAUCUCCACCCAGCAACCUAACCCAGACGGUGGCCACGUCAAUCUGGCCUUCACCCAGGGCCACCCUGGGGAUAAGGAGGGUCGCAAUGGGAAACCCACCAACCUGUGGAACCCCACUUACGGCUCCUGGUUCCUCCAGCUGCAGCAGCAGAAGAAGCAGCAUCAUCAGCAACAACCACAGCAACAACAACAGCUGCAGCAAAAGCAGGAAAGAGUGGGCAGUGGAGGUGGGGGAGUUGGAGGUGGGAGGGUGCCAGGCGAGGGGCAGGAGCACAAGGGACGGACUGUGGCCGAGGCAGUGGGGGCCCUGAGUCUCCAGCACCAGCAGCACAAGCAGCAGUUCCAGCCACCAUACCCCUUCCAUCCACAGCAGCAACAGCAGUUGCAGCUCUUACAUCACCAGCAGCAGCAACAGCAGGGGUUCUGCAGGCCACUUUUGCCACCUCCGCCACCACCACAGGCUACCUCCUUGGGUACCACUGAUCCUACCCUUUCCCCGCUCCUGUUAGAUUCGGCCGCCCUACCCCCGGUCCCUCUAUUUAGACUUCGCAGAUUCCCCUGCGGGAACAUCGGCUAUGGCUACCAGGAGCAAGGGUUACCCCUAGAGGCAGCCCACCACCACCAGAAUCCUGUCUCUGUCAACCCCCCUCCUCCACCGCCCCCUCCCCCGCCACCCGUGGCCCUCCAGAGAGGAGUGGCGGGGACCCAGCUGUCGCUGAGCCACUCGACGACGGCCAAAGCCGAGGACAGCCUCCCUCUGCUGGUCACCAUGGGGACGGUGCAGGACCCGAGGCUGCCACGGAUGGAGGGCCACAAUGCCACAGUGCUUUAGCCCCUCCACCCCCCAACCUCCACCUUGGAGACCGUGUGUACAGACAGAUAGGCAUACAGCCAGACUUGAUGAUACACCGUGCAACACUGUGUCAGGACACCUUACGACCAGCCCUCCCGUCUCGACACCUUGGUUUCAUCCACCGAUUGGAUCAAGCUAUUGUAUUGAGUCCAAAAUGUUUCAUCCCAAUGAGAUAAAAUGGCUGUGGAAAUUACACUGCGGUGUUAAAGCACAUUGGAGAGUUGCAAAGGACCACUAAGAAGAAAAGCUUAUUGAUUGUUGGCUAGGAAAACAGGAACAAUGUACAUGUUGCAGCACUGGCUAAUGUUCAGUAGACAAAUGUGGCAGGACGGUUAGAUGUUUCCAUUCGAUUGAACUAGCUAAUUUCUUUGCGAUGUGUUCACGACCUGCCCUCUCAUCUUCGCGGCUCUGUCGAUGUCAACGUAGCCUUUCACAUGGAGUCAUGCUGGAAACACACAAACAGAACAUACAUACACAUCUGCUAGAUAUCUAACUGACUGUAGCAUUAGCUAACUUCUACUCUAGCUAUUUCAUUGGCAAUUCAGGCCUUGGCAGUUGAUUAAUCAAUCAGAAACAAUUUCCCCAACAUAUGGUGAGAGUCGGACACUGGAUUCCUGAGUUUUUUUGUGUUUUUUUUUUACAAUGAAGAAAAAAUGUGUUUGUUGAUGCUUGCUUGCCUGCUUGUUUAUUUAUUAAUUUGUCUAUUUAUUAUUUGGGAGCUCUAUAAAUUAUUAAUACACCAACCUUAUCCAAAUUAGUUUGACAUACUGUACAUGGGUUAGCUAUUUGACUUUUUUUUGCAUUAAUCUUUGUCCAAUGUUGAAUUAAUAUCAACCCUUGUGAACAAUGGCCAAUGUACUGAAUGGUAUUUCAGAUAGUUGGGAUCAGUGCUCAUGUGGCUGUCUUUGCAAUUUAAAGUGUGUGAUUAGGUGUGUUUGAGCGAGAGGGAGAGGUAAAGAAAGACGGACAGAAUUAUUUUUCUUAGAAGGGCAAUACUAUGGAGCUUACUGUACACUGAUCUUAAAUGUUUAUUCAGGCAAGUUCACCUUCCAUUUCUCGUUAAAUAUGUUUUAUAUGUAUAUAAUAUGGCCCUCUAUGGAAAGACAGAAAUUACUGUUCCAUGGAUUCUUAUAUGUGGCAAUUCAUUUAAAUGAAAGUGGUGGUGUCCAAAUACUUUUGUAUAUAAAGUACCAGUCAAAAGUUUUAGAAUACCUACUUA